AACAGUCAUGCAAACAGCCUGAGGGCAACCACGCGACGUCACCUCAGACACCAAGCAACGAGGUACAACCACCUCCACGACUCGUCGACGAUACAUGUUAAACAGAACUAGUUGUGUAGGAAAUAUGUGGGAUACGUUAAAACUGUUGUUUCUGGUGAGUCUGGUGGGGGUGAGUUGUUACAAGGUGUCGCUCAUCAAACAGUCCACUCUAUACCUGCCAUCUUCAUACGGAACUGACGGAGAUGUGCGCUACAAACUUUCCCCUGGUCUGGAACAAAUGACGUAUGACUCCGACAACAAGCUUAUCUACAUGGUGGGCGGCACCGUGAUCCAUGCCAUCGAUGUGUCCAACCCAGACAACAUGACAAUCGUGGCCCACGUCGAGAUGGAAAACGUGGAUUUCACGGACGUCGAGUUCUGCGGAGGCUACGUCUUCACGGCCGUUGACGACCAGGCGGAGAGAGCCAAUGGCAGGGUCAUUAUCUACUCGGCCUACAACGCCACUUCAAGGUCGAUAUCAGAGGUCGUUCAGAUUCCAGUGGGUGCCGUCCCCGACAUGUUGAAGCCUACCCACGACUGUUCCAAGUUGAUCGUGGCGGUUGAGGGCGAGGCGUAUCAGAACCCCCCAAACCAGAUCACUGACCCCGAGGGCCUCGUCGUCAUCAUCAACUUCCAUGACACCAUCAGCAACUACACAAAGACAUCGCUGAACUUCACAAAAUAUAAUGACAGGGUGGCUGACCUCCGGUCGUCCGGUGUCCGUCACGUGUAUCAGGAGAACAACAACCCCUUCUCCAACGACGUGGAACCUGAGUACGUGGCCCUCAACGCUGACGACACCGUGGCAUACAUCGUUCUGCAGGAAAACAACGCAGUGGCCACAGUGGACCUGGUCAGUCAGAACAUCACCGGAGUACAUGGACUGGGCUACAAGGACUGGAGCAAGCUCACGCUUGACCCUUCGGACGAAGACCGAGGUGCCUUCCUCUACCCCUACUCUGUAAUGGGCAUGUACCAGAGCGACACGGCAGUCUUCUUCCGCUUCAAGGGCGUGGAUUAUUUGCUCAUGGCAAACGAAGGGGACGCGAAGGACUAUAAUUUCGGUACCUACAGUUGGAGCGAGGAAGAGAAAGCGGGGAACAUUCCCGCCAGUAUGCUGCCUACCCUAGAUGCCACCACACAGGAUCAGCUGACACGUGACACUCUGCUUGGUCGUUUGAAGGUAUCGGUAUCUCCAGCCGGUAAAAACUCGUCCGGGAAUCUCGAAGCUCUCUACACUUUUGGUGGGCGGAGUUUUUCAAUCCGGCGAACAAACGACAUGUCGCUGGUGUAUGACAGCGGUGAUGACCUUUCAAAACGACUUUACGUCCACAACAGGGACCUGUUCAAUGGUCACAUGGGUAAAGCAUCUCACAGACCAUUUGAAGACUAUGACCUGCGAUCAAGAAACAAAGGCAUGGAGACCGAGGCAGUCGCGACUGGGGAGCUGGAGGGACGGACGCUACUGUUUGUGGCGAACGAGCGCCCCGGCACCAUCUUUGUAUACUCAUUAGAUUCCGACGUGAUGAAACCCGAGUUUCACGACAUCUACACCGGCAUCCCAUCCACGAGGACCAAGUCAUGGCAGGAACUGUACGAUGAUCGCCAGCUCUCGGAGAUUGACUGCGAAGACAUUAAGUUUGUGAGUGCUGACAAGAGCCCAACAGGCAAGCCUGUUCUGUUUGUCACUGGAUCCGUCAGUGGAACUCUCUCUAUCAUCAACGUUGAAGUUACGAAGUCACCACCACCCAAACCAGAGAAGCCGACAUCCUCUGCUGGCAGCCUCACAAGUGAAUUGACGUUUGCUGUGAUUACAGCCGCAGUUGUCUACCUUUGUGGAAGGAUGUGGCCUUGAACCCAAGACUAGUUCAAUCCUCCAUGAACAAAGAUUAAUUCGUAUUUACAAAAAUUAAAACUCGAUUCAUCACCUAAUUAUUAAGAAUGGGUUCCGUGAAGUUUUAAGAAACGGGUUUAAGUUUAAAGUAUUAUUGUGUUCAGAGUUGAAAUGGUAAAACGUAUACAUGUACUUUGAUGUCUGUGUGUUCAGUCACCUGCUGUGGUUCUGUAUGAUGUAAUCUUCGUGAUGUUCUUGUGAUAAUCGUGUGUGUAUAUUUAUAUUGUAUCGCGCACAAAAUGUUCAAAACAAACAUCUUCAGCUAGCUACCUGACAAUAUGAAACACACGGAACAAUAUACCACACAUGAUACAUGACAAUAUACCACACAUGAUAAUGGCAAUAUACCACACAUGAUGACAAUAUACCACACAUGAUACAUGACAAUAUACCUCACAUGAUACAUGAUAAUAUACCACACAUGAUAAUGACAAUAUACCACACCUGAUAAUGAUACUAUAGCAUUAGAAGGAUAAAUAGGGUACAAAGGACUUGUGCAACAGUGCCAUCACAUUAGGGUAAAACAACCAGUAGAUAUUUUAGUCCAUGUGGUCCAUAGCAAAGGUGUGGUUAUAUGAAAUCCAAUAACUGAUUCAUGUUUCGUACUUCAUGAUUCAUUUUUCAUUUCUUUGCCGCCACGUGUUUUUGAAGAUUGGGAGUCGCAAGAGGAAGCCAUUGCGGCCUGGUUUCCGGGGUCUGCUGCGACACGAAGCGUUAGCGCAGCAGACCCCAGGAACCAGGCUGAAGCCAUUCGAGGUUUAUUUCAGUAAUAGCGGCAGAGUUUGUGUAACCGUGUUUACUGGUAUAAAUAGUGUUUGCAGUUCAAUUUCAGGCUACUAUGACCACGGGUUGGCCUGGUGUUACCCGGGAGUAGCUAUAUAUUGGUGAAGCAGGAUACCCUCGCCUUUCCGCGAAAACAUCGUAUUAUCAAUAUCUGAUAGGAACUGAUAAGAACGUGCUGGUCGUCUCUCAUUGCCUCGUCUCCCCAACAAACACACCGCUAGCAACAUUCCAAUGAAGAUCAUACAGUUGUUGAUGCUUGGGGCAUAGGUACGGAUGUUUGAGACAAUAAUGCGUAUGAGUGAUGUUCUGUCAUUAAAAUAUAGACCAAUGGGUGUGUGGAUUGAGUAAGUGAUUAUUGUGAUAACUUACACGAAUAUUUUUACAUAUCACUGCUGUUUUAUAGUCAACGUAUUUUGAAAUAAACUCUUCGAAAAGCUUAA